AUGGUCGGCGGCGGUGGUGGUGGUACGACAGGUGCUAAUGUCUUGCUUAAGGAUUGGGAUCUGUGGGGUCCGCUGCUCCUGUGCUUGUCAGCUCUGGUCUUUGCGCUUGUCUUUGCUCUGGUUUGGGUUGGUGCUCUGGUGGUCACGCUCAAUGCGCAACUGCUGGGGGGAGAGCUCUCAGUUCUGCAGUCGGUGUGUGUACUUGGAUAUUGUAUCUUCCCCAUGCUCAUUGCUGCUCUCCUCACCUCGAUCUGGUCUCAUCUUGCCUGGCGCAUCGGCAUUGUCCUCGCCUGCUGGUUCUGGGCCACCUUUGCCUCACGCGCCUUUCUUGUCGACUCGGUUCCCUCGAACAAGCGUCUUCUCGCCAUCUACCCCAUCGCCCUCUUCUACCUCACCAUUGGCUGGAUGGUGCUUGUCCAGUAG